AGGAACACUCCAGUCGUUGGUUCCGACCCAAAGCCCGAGUCGCAGAAGACGGAGGAGCAGGAGGAGUUCGCGCGCAGUCUCGUCUCGUUGUUUGUAUUUCGCAUCUCUAGCGGUCUACGAUCUCUCUGCAAUUUUGAGAAACCACCGGACAUUUCUCCUGCAAAUCGCUCAUUUCGUCGAUAGAGGGAGGAAUUAUGGGCGAUAUAUCCGAUAAAGUGGCGUAUUUCCAAGCGAUCACCGGCCUCGAUGAUGCCGAUUUAUGUACGGAGAUCCUCCAAGCCCAUGGCUGGGACCUCGAGCUCGCGAUCUCCACCUUCACCGGCUCUAAUACCCCCGACGACCCCCCCUCCGCAUCCGCCGCCGCCACCGCUACCACCACCUCGGCUUCCGCCCCUGCGGACGCGAGCUCCGGUUCUCAGCAGCUGGCGGUCGAGCCACCGUCCACCGCCGGGGGGCCUAGCCUGACGUGGAGGCUGAUCACCUUGCCGGUUUCGGUGAUUUCUGGCGGUUUAGGGUUAGUUUCCGGCGCGAUUGGGCUCGGGAUGUGGAUAGCGGGUGGCGUCCUGUCUUAUUCCCUCGGGAUGGUAGGGUUGGGUUCCGGCUCGGGACGAAGUGGCGGUGAGGCCUCGUCGCGGUUGGUCUCAGUGUCCGCCGCGGCAGCUGAGGCUAUGGAAUUCGUGGCUUCUUUCGAGAGGGAGUAUGGGACGGCAGCGCUGAGGCCGAAUUUCGUGUCCGAGGGUUUUAUGGAUGCCCUGCAGCGGUCGCGGAACGAUUUCAAGUUGUUGUUCGUGUACUUGCACUCACCGGAUCAUCCGGACACACCGCUUUUCUGUGAGCGGACCUUGUGUAGUGAGGCAUUGGCGGCUUUCGUGAAUGAGAAUUUCGUUGCGUGGGGUGGGAGCAUAAGGGCCAGUGAAGGGUUUAAGAUGAGUAAUAGUUUGAAAGCGUCACGGUUCCCCUUUUGCGCUGUGGUUAUGGCUGCGACUAAUCAGAGGAUUGCUUUGCUUCAACAGGUCGAGGGCCCAAAAUCACCUGAAGAAAUGCUUAUGAUACUGCAGAGAGUGCUGGAAGAAAGUGGCCCCGUUCUUAUUUCAGCCAGACUCGAAGCAGAAGAAAGAAGGACUAACAUGCGGUUGAGGGAGGAGCAAGAUGCCGCUUACAGAGCAGCUCUUGAAGCAGAUCAGGCUAGGGAACAGCAGAGGAGAGAGGAGCAAGAGCGUUUAGAGAGAGAAGCUGCUGAAGCUGAAAGGAAGCGCAAAGAGGAAGAAGAGGCUCGUGAAAGAGCAGAGCGUGAAGCCGCUGAGACAGCAGCCGCGCUAGCUAAACUUCGGGAGGAGAAGGCCUUGUCUCUUGGGGCUGAACCUGAAAAAGGACCAAAUGUAACUCAAGUGUUGGUGCGAUUUCCUGCCGGAGAACGCAAAGAGCGGAGAUUUCAGAGUGAUGCUACGAUACAGUCGCUGUACGAUUAUGUCGAUUCUUUGGGUUGCUUGGACAUGGGGAAUUACACUUUAAUCUCCAACUUCCCUCGAGUGUCCUAUGGUUCGGACAAGUUCUCGUUGUCAUUGAAGGAAGCAGGAUUGUAUCCUCAAGCCAGCCUUUUCGUGGAGCUAAACUCGUGAGGAGAACCUGAUAUCAUGCUUUGUGAUUAGUCGCACUCCCGUAAGGAAAUUGCAGUAGAUGAUGUUAUAUUCGCAUGCUUUCCUUUACCAAGUUGAUAGAUCUCACAUAGAUGUUCCUUUUUGCCUUUUUCAUGUGCUCCUCGUAUCUUCUUUUUUGGGCAACAUUGUGUGCUCCUGUUUCUCGGUAAAUUUCUGGUUCGAUCGAUCAGCUGUCGCCGACUGAAAUAAUGUUUGGUUUUGCUCCUAAUUUUGCAUUGGGGAUUGCUGGUUA